ACUUCUUUUUAUGUUCUUUAAAUUUGAUUCGUUAGUGAAAUUAGCAACAUUGUGUUUUUCUCACCUCAUUCAGUUUUAUAAUUAACCAAUAAAAUCUUACUAGCUUUUAAGGAAGUUUUAGGAGCAUAAAUUCAUUUAUGGGCACCAUAUGGUUACAUCAAAGGUUCAGGUUUUGUUUUUGUUUUAACUUGAAGUGGAUUCUUAAACCCUGUAUUUAAGUAGAAAUUUAUGUCCUUUCUACCAAACAUUAAUUUCUGAAAUAGAAUGAUUUUUUAAUACUAAACUACCAAAAUUGGUCACGAGAGCCAGGGAUUUAACUCAGUGGUUCCACUGCCUGCCUUGCAAGCACAAGGUCCCGAGUUUGAUCCCCAGUACCAAAAGGCAAAAAAAAAAAAAAACUGGUCAUGAGAUUCAAAGGAUAUUAAAUCUUGCAGUUGAUCUGGUUUAAUACCUGCCAUUUUGGAGAUUAUGGAGCUCCAAGACCAAAAUCCUAGGAUUUUUCCAUACUCCAAGUCCAAUGCUCUCUUCACUAAACUAAAUAAAUUGAAGGCAUUCCUGGUUAUAAUGUUUGCUAUGUGUUCUUAUUUUGUUGCUACAGAUUUAAGUAAACUAAAUAAAUUGAAACCAUUCAUAGCCUAGUUAUUUAUCUCUUGUUCUGUUGAUUGCCUUUUCUUGUGCCAUAUUAAUUCUUAAGAAUUGUAGGUAUGUUUGAAGAUUCAUUUUUAUUUAGUAUAUAUUGAUUGCACGAUCAGAUUGACCAUGCAUAGUUACAGGAUUUGAGCAGGGAAUCACCAAAUCCCACACCACAAAACGCGACCAUACGAGAACCAUCUGUGCAUUGUAGUUCAGUACCUUAAAGGCUGUUGCCUUCCGUGCCUUUUUGGAAUUUUAUAUGCAUUUGUAGUUUUAAUCUUUGCUGUUUAGGACUCCCGAGGGGCACGCCUAAGCGGCCAGGUCUGGCAGGAGCCUGGCCGGGUGCGCCGGGCCGGGAGCGGGGACUGAGGGCGCCAGGUGAGUGGCUGGGAGUUCGGCCACUCUCCCUCCCGGGGCCGGUGGGCCGGUGGCCUCUGCCUUCCCGCCCGGGAGCGCUGUGCACCCUCCUCUCCUGCCACUGCCUGGGAGAAGCGUGUACACGUGCACGUGAAGAAGCAGGUAUUCCAGGCAAAGGUGUUCCCGGCGGGAACCGGGCCACCAGGCUGAGUCACUUGAAGCCUGGGGUCAGCAGGAGCUUGCAGUAGGCUUUGUUCCUCCGGUCCUGGGAGCAUUUGGAUUGCCCUGCCAAUUGUGCUCCUCCUGAACUCUCCCUCUGGAGAAAUUUUUUGGCGUUCCUACCUACGUAGUGUCAACAGAGCCUUAUUUUCUGUCCUAUAGACCUUUUCUCCCGUCUUAAAUGACAAAGCCUCUAGUAUUUACCUUGUGUUUUCCAGCAAUCCUGGGCAUUGUAUGAUUGAACAAUGGAAAGGAAUAAUUUUUACUUUCCAAAAUAAUUAAAAAGUGAUAUUAUUGUCACUUUAUAAGAGCAUGGAUUAAUUUUAAAGCCAGAACUUAAUAAUGUAUUUUUAAAAACUUUUGUCCAUAUUGAAAGACUUUGAUUAGAUAGCUUAAUAUUUUUUAAAUCCAUUUUGGUGAAUACAUGGGGACUGUACAUUUAAAAGACUUUGAGAUAGAUUAAAGAAUAUGCUAACCAGAGGACUGGCAGUGCGAGACAUUCUACAAUGUAUCACAUGACUAAAGGAAGGAAAAUGGAGAACAAAUGUGUCAGCACGGAGAUAGCUCAUGUUUGACCCUCUGGAAACCAAUAGACCACUCAGUUCCAGACUUUUGUCACUAUUAUUCAUACCAGUUGUGUUCAGGUAGCCAUUAUUAUAGUAGGGUGGUGUUUACUCACAUUUUAAAAAUACAGACAAAAUAGAUGUUCUACGUAAAUAUUUACAGAUAAUCUGUUCUACUACCAUUGCUAGUUUUUUAAUAGAACUGUGGCUACUCAUUCUUUAAACCAGGUUUGCUUCUUUCAUAAGAAACUAAAAUAGCAUGAAAAGUUGUUUUUAGUGUAAUAAUGUUAUAUUAAGGGUAUCUCUGGGGUUAAAAACCCUCUUUCUGGACAUAAUCUAAUCUGUGGGAAACUUAAUUGAGCAUCCCUAACCCUUAAAUUUGAUGCUUUCAGAUUUAAAACUGAGCACCAACAUGUUGCCACAGCGGAAGUUUCUCCAUAUCGUGUAACUUUGUUUCAUGUAGAAGGUGUGAAAUAUUGUGUAAGACUGCCUUCAGACUGUGUGUGCUAGGAGCAUAUAAAAUAUAGAUAGACUUUGUGUUUAAACUUGGGCUUCAUCCCCAAGAUGAUUCAUCAUAUAUACGCACAUAUACCUAAAUCUGAAGUACUUCUGAGCCCAAGAACUUGAGAGACUCAACCUGUAAUACAGUCAACUCUAGACAUUUUUCUUUUCUAGGCAUGGCUGCCCUCAGAGAGUAAUAUACUCUGUUAAAAUCUUUCCAGAAGGACCCUAGUGUUUUUGAAAUAUUUGGAGAGCUAAGUCUGUAAACCAAGGUCUACUUCCUCUACGUUUCUUUCUUUUUUACCACAACUCUCUAAAAGAAUACAGUUCAUAAAAUGGUCCUACGGAUAAAUGUGUGUUUAUGUGUGCCAUCAUACACAACGCUGGCACAGGCAGCAGUCUUCCCUGCUGCUCAUUUGCAUAGGCAGUUAACUCAGGUAAUGAAUGAAAUAUUGGAGGAAGGAUUGAACAUUAGAGCAGGGAGGACCAGAGCAUAGAUGCGCCUUGCCCGAGACCACACCACUGCUUGUUGGGCAAUUUGAAGAAAAUCUUGACAAUGGGAAUCUCUUUUUCCUCAAAAGCCACAUUUAGGUUGUAUUUCUUUUUUAGUCGCUUAUAAAUUUGUAAAAUAUUAACACAUUUGGUUGCUUAAUGCUUAGGCGAGAAGCAAACUAUCUAAAGCUAUUUCCUUACAGAUAGGGCCAUACCUUUAAAAAUUUAUUUUAAUCUGAAAAGUAAUGAAUAACAUUUUAAAAACAAAACACAAGGGGAGAAGAGUAAUUCUUGUCAUCUCUAAUAUAUAAUUUAGUUUGUACCUAUUUUUAUUUUAAAACUUGGAGGCUGUUUUUUUUUUUAUCAGUACACAUGUCUAUACCAGUUUUUAAUUUACGGCUUCACUAUUUGAACAUAACAUAGUUUACUUAAUUAGUGUUUUUAUUACUGAAUGCUUGGUUCUUCCCCAUGUCUCACUAUUACAAGCAAUGCUACAGUGAAUUUUGUUGUAUAUAAAUUUGUACAUAUUUAAGAGUGUAUCCUAAAAUAGAUUUCUAGAAGAGAUAUGACUAAUGCUUUUAAAUUUUGAAUGCUAGAGUCAAGGUCACAUUUUAAUAAACAAGAUUAUAGCAGUAUUUCUCCAGAAAGAGGAAUUGCUUAGUUCCCUUCCAUACCAGUCUAUUCCAGUAUCCAAUGAGUGUCAUGAAUGAAACCAAAACUAUCGACAAGAACUUUCCCUGAAACUGAGUUAUGUUUUCAUAUGGUUGAUAGUUUUGAACCCUCAUUUCCUUCCAUAAUAAUGCUUUAGAAAACAUUUCAGAGUUCACCACUUUUCACAUUUACUCUGAAUCUGUGCCCCAGGGCUACAUUCAACCAGUGCAGCUUCUUGGUGUGAAACAGUGGUAGCACUGGAUUCCCAUUAACUACACAGAAUGCUUUGUGUUUGUAUCUGUGUAUUUCUUGAAGAAGGAACAUUUCUGUGUAUAUGUACUUCUUCAUAAAAAUUAGCACACAAAUUAUAUGGUGGCACUGAAUAAAUCACAAAAUUAAGAUUUAAAAAAAAAAUUACAGAUAGCAAGACUUCUGUCAUUUGUUUUCUUUUCAUCCAUGUGCCGUUUGAGAACAUUUACUAUUUAGAAUAGACUCCAUUAAAGGAAAAGACAAUAGUUUUUAUUCAGAAAGUUUGUCAUACAGGUGGUAGGUGGUCUUUUGACUUCUGUGCUCUUGUCUCCUACGUUGUAUUUUGUUGUGAAUUGAGGUUAUUACCCAGAGAAUAAAAUCUGGGUUGUAUUUGUACAGUCAGACUUAAUUUCAUUGCAAAUGUGAUGUAAUUUCUUUGCUGACUAACACAGGAAAAGAAAAACGUGUGAAUAUUUACUAAGGAAAAGUUAGCCUAUAGAAAAUACCAAAGUAGUUACAAUAACAGAAUUGAAGGCAGUUUGGUUCAUGAAAUAACCUGUACUGUCCAUAGAAAAAAGUUUAGCAUUGGUUUUUAUUGGGUGGGAAAAUGUCUUUAUUUUUCCACAAUGAACAUGUGUCACCAUGGAAUUAAAAAGCCAGUACCCUUUUUUUAAAAUAUAUGUAACGAUGUAUUCUUUCAGCAGUUCUUCACUGUCUCAUGAUUUUUCUCCCAUUUUUCCACCAAAAUUUUCCUUUAUUAACCUUGGGUUUUUGUUGUGUUUUUCCUUAGUUGUUUGUUUCCAUUCUUCCUUGUUGUUUGUCCCAUUCUCUUUAAACACGUAUGUCAAGGGGUGAAUUCUCAACUUGACAAAAAUGACUUAUAGCAUCCCUCCAUUUUCUACCAGCCUCUGCAUUUGGUAGCUCAUUUUACUAACUGGAACAAAGCCAGUGACUGCUUUUGUCAUGUUCUAGGUGUUGAUUCAUUUCAGAAAGUUGACUAAGCAAGAAAUCAGAAGAAUCCUCCCUGAGCUAUCCUGUGAUAGUUCAUAAUAAAGUGUUUGAGUUUCUGUCCCGAAAUUGUUUCUUUUAACAACUUUUUGUAAAAUGUGUUUCAAAUAACUGCAGAUAAUCGCCAGAAUGGGAGUGAAUGGCUUGUGGCAAAUUUUGGAGCCUGUGAAGCAACACGUCCACCUCCGGAGUCUUAGUGGGCAAACCAUUGCGGUUGACCUGAGUGUCUGGGUGUGUGAGGCACAGUCUGUUAGGAAAAUGGUGGGGACUGUGACGAAGCCCCACCUCAGGAACUUAUUUUUUCGUGUCUCCCAUUUAAUGCAAAUGGAUAUAAGACUGGUGUUUGUUAUGGAGGGGGAACCAGCAAAGCUGAAAGCUGGUGUCAUGAGCAAGAGGAAUCAGAUGCGGUACGGGCCUUCUGGGAAAACAGGGUCUCAGAGAACAGGAAGGUCACGUUUUAAGUUGGUCUUACGAGAGUGCCUUGAAAUGCUGGAGUGCCUAGGCGUGCCCUGGGUGCAAGCAGCAGGGGAAGCUGAGGCCAUGUGCGCUCACCUCAAUGGCACUGGCCGUGCUGACGGCUGCCUCACGGACGACGGCGAUGCUUUCCUCUACGGGGCCCAGACGGUGUACAGGAAUUUCACCAUGAAUGCACAGGACCCACAUGUUGACUGUUAUACCAUGUCAUCUAUCAAGAAUAAACUAGGCUUGGACAGAGAUGCUCUGGUUGGAUUAGCCAUACUUCUUGGAUGUGAUUACCUUCCAAAGGGAGUUCCUGGAGUUGGAAAAGAGCAAGCACUAACACUUAUACAGAUUUUGAAAGGGGAAAGUUUGCUUCAGAGGUUUAAUCAGUGGAAUGAAAAGUCUUGCCAUUCUGUUCCGCAGCCAGAAGCAGCUGAACUGGCCCAUUGCUCUGUGUGUUCCCAUCCAGGUUCACUGAAGGAUCAUGAACGUAAUGGUUGCCAGUUAUGUAAAAGUAGUAGAUACUGUGAACCACAUGAUUAUGAAUACUGCUGUCCUUGCGAAUGGCAUCAGACAAAACAUGAUAGGCAACUAAUCGGAGUAGAGAACAAUAUUAAGAAGAAGGCUUGCAGUUGUGAGGGAUUCCCAUUCCAUGAGGUUAUUCAAGAAUUCCUUUUGAACAAGGAUAAAUUGAGAUUUACUCUUGAAAAAAUGGAGUGGCCCAAUCACUAUGCAUGUAAGAAACUGUUGGUGCUUUUGACCCGCUAUGACAUGAUGGAAAGAAAACUCGGCAGAAAGAACUCCGACCAACUGCAACCAAUUCGAAUUGUUAAGCCCCGAAUCAGAAAUGGAGUUCAUUGCUUUGAAAUAGAAUGGGAAAUGCCUGAACAUUUUGCUGUAGAAGAUGGAGAACAUGGAGAACUGAUUCUAACAGUUGAAGAAGAAUCGUUGUUUGAAGCAGCUUAUCCUGAGAUUGUUGCCAUUUACCAAAACCAAAAUUUAGAAGCUAAAGGGAGGAAGCAAAACAAUAUGAAAAUUAAGCCUAAAGAAGACAAUUUCCCAGAACCAUAUGAUGUAAUGAAUUUUCAGUCACUUGUGACUUUAAAACCCACACCUGAAAUCUUUCCUAAGCUGAAUUCCAAGUUAAACUUGGAAAUUUCUUCUGAUCCCGUAUUACCACAGGAAAAUAUUUCUGCCUCGUUGACUAGCUUGCUUUUACCUGAAGAUGCUCCCUGUUUAAAUAUGCAAGAAGAGUUAAUGUCUUCAAGACCUUUGCUUAGUCGGCAAAUUAAAGGUGCAAGUAACUCUCUCAAUUUGGAAUCUGGUCAACCCAAUCCUUUAUUUCAUGAUAUAUCUAUGAUUACUGAUUUACACUUGAGCUCCAUUGACUGGGAAGGGACUUCUUUUAGUAAUGACUCAGCUGUUCAAGGGAAAGCUGUCUCUUAUGAUUUACAGUCUGAACUUGAAUCAAAGCUAUUAGUCACCCCUGGUGAUUUUGAAAAUAUCCCAGAACAGUUGUCAUGUGAAUCAGGACGGUGGACCACAAACAUUAAUAAAUUGUCACAUGGGCAUCUUCAGAAGGUUAGUCCUGAAGAACAUCUACUUUCUGGCAUUAGUGAUUUAUGUCUUCAGGAUUUGCCUUUAAAAGAACGUAUAUAUAUGAAAUCAUCAUAUCCAGAGAAUAAUGUACAAUCAGAUGUUGACCUGAAAACUUUGUCCCUACAAAAGAUAAAAGAAUCUUAUAUUGCUAAUAGUAGAUCUGAUUGUCCGUCACAUCUUUCAAAGGAUCUUCCUGGAAUUAAUUUGCAAAAUGAAUCCAGAAACGCUAAAGUUAUAAAAGGAGACCAGCUGCAUCAAGAAAACUCUAAAGUGAAUACUUCUGUACUUUAUUCUGUCAAUAGUAGUAAAAUAGUAAAGACCUCCAAUGUUAGAGCUGGGCCACCAAAUACUUUUUUAGGUCAUAGUGGAAAAGUUAAUAUGCACACCAUUCAGAAACUUGUCAAGAAGAAUAGUACUUGCCUUGACAGACAUUCCUCUGAUGAAGAAAGUGGUCCAGUAUUUGGUAAAGUGAAGAACACGACUCGAAAAAUGAAACAUAGUUCACAGAAGAAUGACUUAGCCCAAUUUAAAGAAAGUGACCACAACAAACAGAGGAACCCUCCAAUCCAUGCCAAAGAAACUAAAUCGAGUGUUAAGUCUUACAAAACAACUGGAAAUGAAGAAAAACAUUUCUCAGACCCAGCAAAAACUUCUCUGGGUUUUCUACAGUGUCAUAAGAAAGACGAUGGCCUUGGUACUUGUUUGGAUAGUCCCCUUCCUUUAUCCCAGAGAUUAAAACUAAGGUUCCAGAACACUUGAAAUGAAAUUUAAAAUACUUAAGUAUAGCUUGUCCUCCUACUGUCAGCCUUAGCAGAAGGAAGGUACCUAGUUAAUGUUGGGUGGAAAAAUGGAGUGUGGUUGUGUAUGUCAUGCAACAUUUUUGCCAUUUUAUCAAAGUUACAAUUUUAAAAUGUCGCCUAAAACUUUGGUUUUAAAAGAUGAACCCCUGUGGUGAAAGUAUGUAUUUUUACAAUACAUUUUUAUCAUUUUCGAAGUAUCUUUAUUGGUUAAAGUUUUUAAAUGUUAGUACGCUGUUUGACAGAGUAAAGCCUUUGUUUUUCCCACAAA